AUGUGUCUUUUAAACUACUUGCAUUAUUUUGUUGCUGUACAUUAUUUUGCAUCAUCAGAGAAUAACGAAGAAACUGUAUGUAAAACUUCACUGCCAAGUACAUCCCAAGUUUCCAGAAGUAAAUCGAAGAAGAGACGUCUUACUGAUGAGAAAAGCAAUUGGAAAAUGACACCUCCAGUUUCUACAAAGCUGUCUCAAACUAGUGAGCAUGACAUCACCACAAAGAGAGAGGAAUUGAAGGAAAAACUUUCUUCUUUGACUCCAAAGGAGAUGUUUGAGGAACUGAUGAACGAAAACAUAUAUGAGUUCAUACUGAAAGAAACUGUGAGAUAUGCAGUAAAUAUGACGAAUAUGCAGGAUUUUAUCCUCACAGUUGAAGAAGUGAGGGUCUUUGUCAGAUUUCUUCUUUUUGCUGGCUACCAUAAGCUCCCUGCUGAGAAGCUAUACUGGUCUGAGGAGGAAGAUGUUGGAAUACCAAUUAUAAAGACAGCUACGUCAAGGAAUAAAUAUCAGAAGUUGAAAACAUUGCAUCAUUUUCAAGAUAAUGACUUAGCCAAUCUUCCCGUGCCUGGGUUACCGGCCAAUGAAAACGAACACGAUCGCGGAUUGAAAACUAGACGUCUACUGACAACGAUAAAUGAUUCUUUUCAAAAAUUUGGAAUAUUUGAGGAAAUUUUGUCAACUGACGAAAUGAUAGUCAAAUACUAUGGACAAAGUGGGCUGAAACAGUUUAUCCGAGGCAAGCCUAUUAGAUUUGGCUAUAAGUUGUAG